GACAAAAGCAGUCGAUCGCAGAGGCCUCCCCACUGUCUCCCCCCUCUUUGUGUUUAUAUAUGUUUUUUAAAAUCUUUUUUGAGGGAAACUGUCAAGCCCUAUCCCAAAGAGCAGGGACCAAAGAACAAAAAUAAUGUACGCUUUCGUGCGUUUCUUGGAGGACGACAUGUGCUACGCGUUACCUGUGUCAGACGUGAAAGAUUUCCAGCCUGUGCACAAAAGAGAUUUUGAUGAUCAGAAGGUGUAUGUGGUGCUGAGAGGCGCAGGCCAUCCUGCCAAAGCACACAUCCUCGCCCUGGCAGAAAGCAUUGAGGAAUUUGAGCACAGUAUUAUGCAAAAGAAGAUGAAAAUACCCAAGAUGUCGAACAGGAACACAGUGGAGAAUCACUUUGGCGAGGAGAGAAUGCCCCUUAGACAUAAAAAGGUCCAAUCACAGGAACAGCAGCGGGCCAGUUCCAACUCCUCAAAGAGCCUGGCUGCGGUGGUGGCGCGGCUGGAGAGGAACGCAGUCAACUCAUGCACGGAGGGAGAGGAGCUGGACAGACUCACAACAGAGGAAGAGGAAGAGCAGGACGAGGCUGUGGUGCCUCGUGUUCUAUACGAGGAGCUGGUGCACAGCUACAGGCAGCAGGAAGAAGAAAUGAGACGUCUGCAGCAGGAACUGGAGCGCACACGCAGACAGCUGCUGCAGCAGGCCAAGAAGCUGAAGGAGUACGGCAGUCUGCUGACCGAAGUCAAGGAGCUCCGUGAUUUCAAUCGACGCCUGCAGGACGUUCUGCUCAUGAGGCUUGGCAGCGAGCCAAUGCAUGACAAUGGCACACAGACAAUCAAAGCAGAGGUGGUGGAGCCAAUCAGUGAACCACAGGAGGUGUGUCAAGAGGAAGCCAACACUAGCUCCACCCACUCCCACUCCCCAUCCCCGAGAACCGUCUACACCUUCAAUGAUGGAAAAGUGCACUUGGGUGGAGGGAUUUGGGUGGAGGAGGAGAAGUGGCACCAGCUACAGCGGACACAGGGAGACUCAAAAUUCACCAAAAACCUGGCGGUGAUGAUCUGGGGCACAGAAACCCUGAAGAACCGCAGCGUGACUGGCGUCGCUACGAAGAAGAAGAAAGAUGCCUUGCCCAAACCACCGCUCUCGCCAAGCAAGCUCAAAAUCGUCCGAGAGUGUUUGUACGACCGUGUGUCUCAAGAAACAGCCGACAGCGCAGAGAUCACCCAGCGAUUAUCCAAAGUGAACAAAUACAUCUGCGAAAAGAUCAUGGAUAUCAACAAAUCCAUCAAGAACGAGGAACGGCGAGAGUCCAAGCUUCUAAUCCAACAGACAGUGAAGAUGGAGAACUUCCCUUACGACGGCCUGUAGGGGGCGCUGAAGUUGUCACCAUAGCUCAUUCUACUCCUCAAGGACUUCUGGUGGAGAAGGUGCACGUAAUCACCGGCGCUGCCAAUUGAGAUUUCCACUGAUGCCCUCCCAAGACCUCUCUGUCUUUUACUCUUGUAGACCCUGUUUUACAACCUGCCUGACAGUUUUACCUCUCUCCACACUGCCUUAGCAUGCUGGUGUGCAUUCUGUGAGUGAAUGGGUGGGGUUUUUGUAAGCUUGGAUGGGGGAUCUCGGGGUGGGUCUAAUAUUACGCGUGAUAGACAGGAGCGAUCCUUUAAAUCGUGUGCGAAAAAAAUGUGUUUGGCACAUCAGCUUGUGUUCUGUGUCAGAACAUGUCCUAAUGUACUAAAGAGGUUUCCCUUCAGAAGAAGUCUUGUUUCAGGAGGAUGUUUGCGAGGUGUCAUAAAUUCUGGCUUUGAGUCGGAGUCUUAAGGGGAGGAAGGUCACUUCACAGGGACCAUCUGCUAAAGGUACUUAACAUAAAGAGUUGCACUUUUAAACAGGGUCACACCCUGCGUCGUCUUAAUGAACAAUUGAUUUAAUUAAUCAAUCUAGGCCUAAUUGCUCCCGUUAAUUGCUUUCCUGAGAUGACUACUGAUGGUCCGUUCUUGUUCUUGAUGGUUGUUAGGGGUGGAGAGGUCGCAUGUAGUCAGUGAUGCUAAACAGUUGUCCUGGAAGACGGAUUAGCAACGUUUCUUUGGAAAACAGUCGCCUCCAGGUGAAUAAAUACUUUUUAAAAGUUAAAUUUAGACUUAUUUUAUUUUCGCUUUAGGCGAUAUGCUGCCUUCAUGUCCUGUUGGGAAAUUCCUGCGUGUUCGGAAGUCAUAAUUACAUUGACAUGUUUUUGAGUGAUUUACACUACUGUUUAAAAGUUUGGGGUCGGUAAGGUUUUUUUUUUUUAUGUUUUUGAAAGAAGUUUAUUAUGCUUACCAAGGUUGCAUUGAUUUCACCAAAAAUACAUGUGAAAUUUAUUACAGUUUACAAUAACUGUUUUCUAUUUAAGUUGUAAUUUAUUCCUGUGAUGGCAAAGCUUUCAGAGUUUUCAGCAUCAUUACUCCAGUCUUCAGUGUCACAUGAUUCUACAGAAAUAAUUCUAAUAUGCUGGUUUGGUGCUUGAGAAACAUUUCCUAUUCAACGUUAAAAACAGUUGUGCUGCUUGAUAUUUUUGUCGAAACAGUAAAUACUUUUUUUUCAGGAUUAUUUGAUGAAUAGAAAGUUCAAAAGAACAGCGUGUAUUUGAAAUAUUGUAAAUAUCUUUACUGUCACUUUUGAUUCAUUAAUGCAACCUGGCUGAAUAUAAGAAUUAAUUUCUUAAAAAAGAAAUCUGUCCUCAAACUUUUUAACAGCAGUGUAUGUUUUAACAAAAUGGAUGCGUUGUGUAAAAUGUGGGCCAAAUACAAUUGUUCUGAUUCGACUCUGAAGAGAGUAUUUUAAUGUCAGUGUUUAGGUAUAGUUGAAUUCUUAUUCUUUGAGGUCACUUGUGUACAAUUGCACCAGAGUUCACAACAAUACAGUAAAAAAAAUGGCGUAAAGUAUAAAAUAAGAUUCUUGUAAACAACAAAAGCACAUCCAAUUUGAUUUCAGUGAACUUGAUGGACUAGCCAUGGGACAAGAGUUAUUGUGUUAUCGGGUCUACAGAGAUGGAGACCACCUAAGACCUUUUACCAGCCGUAAAUUGCACUUGGGACGGAGGGUAAGUGGAAAUCAGAGCUGGGCUGCAGGGCCUUUUUCCAGCUGGCAAUCAUUGGGAACUGUGUUCUCCGUUUUAUAGCAAGCUGUGAUUGUAAUAUGAGCUGAUAUUGCUUUAACUUCACUUUGGUGUGUGAGUGUGGAGAGAUGCCAGGUGUCGUGUGCGGACGUGGGGUAAAACUGUCAGCGGUACUCGGGGGUUACACAUUAGCCUCAUCCCUCUGGUCACACCAACAGCAGGGUCUCUGCUCCAGCCCACCUGUAGAGGGCGCACUUAUCGGGGAGGGGAAAUAAGAUAUUGUGACAACUUACAACGAGCCAUGCCAUCCACACUUUAGUCCUUUGUCUCCCCUUGUCGUCUUUAUUUUCAUCACAAACAGAUUGUGUGGCUUGUCGGCGUAACAAAAGAAAGAAAAAAAGACCCUUUUGCAGAUUUGGGUUCUUGACUGUGAUGCCAUAUCGCUUACUGUGAAUUAACCACAGAUCUGCCACGCAAAAGCCUCCCUGUUUUUUUGUUUUUUGUUUUUUAAUCAAGUACAUUUAUUAGUGGGGAGAAAAUUUCAGUGUACAUUUGGAAUAUAUUCUCAUGUUUUUGAACAUUUCAUCGUUUGCAUCCAGGCUGCACCUUAUCUCACUAAGCUUCUGGUUCAAAAUCGAGUCAGACAAUGUUGUAAUUCUGUCUUUAUCUUUGCUGGUUCAUAUGUAGUUUAUAAUCAUUUCUACUUUUACAGUGUAUAUGUGAUGUUUCGCUAUUAAUGUAGAUCCUGGGUACUCACAUUUCUCAAAGAAUGCAGGGCUCUUCACGAAUACAUCAUCUCUAAUGACAGAAACCCAUAUCUUAAAUUGAUACUAUCAUGGAUUUUUUACCGCAGGUAUCUCAGUGCUUCAAGAACUUCAAUUUAUGAAUUUCACCUCACUGUGAGUCAUUUGUUACAGACUAUCAUUUCAUUUGGAGUCAUUUCCGUCGAGAGGCAGUCGUCGCCCGCCUUUCCGUUCCGAGGAAGUCGUUGUCCAUCUUCAACAACGUAGCACUUUAAUCCUAAAGGAGAAAAAAAAAAGUAUAAAAAUCCAUCAGUGUUGGCUUCUCUUGUGAUUUACCCAAGCCAAUUUUAAAAAGUCAACAUAAACAUUUAACAAUGCUUGUGAAAAGAGAUUCACAAGAAAACAUAAAUCAGCUAUCAGUUUUCUGCCACUCAAUAGCGGUUUAGCAGUCAUUUGUUUCUCAUUCUCUCGAGCCUGUGAAAGCGAUUCCUUUUUUUUUUUUUUUCUUUCUUACAGCAACGUACCUCCAAUAUGUCAAGGUAAUUAUGCGAGAGGACAGAUUGUAAUAAGGUUCUUUUGUUCCACUGAAUGUCUUUCUCUUCUUCUUUUUUUUUUUUUGUAGAUAUCUCCUGUAUUAUGUGAUAUGUAUUGCCACACUUAUUGAAUAUUUGAUGUUCCAUAAUGAGCGUACGUACUGUGUGGGUAUACUGGAAAAUGACAGCUUUAGGUGCGCCGAGGUUGAAUGAAAGACAAACUUUAUCAUCUGUCCGUGUGGUCAUACUUUUUAUGUGGAGAUUUGCUAGUGGGAUCGUUGCCUUGAAAAAGACUACAGCGUAUUGCUCUUUUGCUUUGUUUUUGUCUCGCAGCUGCGCCAAGACUGAAUUCGGGCGUUCAGAUCCGAGGAAAAUUAAAAAUUAAAAGUUUCUUCAGUUGCGAGAUCAAACCAGUGAAUCCCAUCAGGGAAAAUCUGACUUUAAAUACAAUCAUGUACAGUAUUUAUAGGCUAAAAGGCUACAAAAGCGAAGCAGUAGCCUCACGGAGGCUGUGCGUUUCUCUUCUGGGAGACUGUAGUGAGGCUGGUGCCUAUGCUUUUCAUUGGCUGUGUAAUAGCGGUGCUUAGCUUUGAGCUGGUCUGUGCCUCUGGAAAAUGGCGAGUCCGGUGCAAAGCGCAUGAGGGAUCAACAUAUCAUCUGAGUUGUUCUUGGCAUAUUGUUCAGGAGACAUUUUGUCAUGGCGAAUGAGUUUCAUCCAAUCUGAAUGUGUGUUGGAGGUUUGUGGUGUUCUGUUGAAAAUAAGCCAAAGUGGAAUCUCAGCAACGGACAGUUUGUGAUCAGUCUUGCACAAAAAAACGGCCCCUGCUCAGUUUUUCCACAGUUAUUUAAGCUAAACAAACAAGAAAGAAAAAGGCGGAGUAUAUUUUUACUGAAAAAAGACAAGGUGUUGCUGUGCUGUCGACGUCUUCAUUGUCUGAUUUAUGUUGUUUUCUGUUCUGUAUCAAGAGCAUUAAGCUUUAGAUGGAUGUGGCUAUAUUGUUCAGAUUGAAACGUGUUUAAUCGUUUGUUUCUUUGUUCCUUUAUGAUGCCAAAAAAAAAAGAAUGAGGACAUUCUUGGGGGAGAAAAAAUAGUUAAUUGCUUCGGCCUGCUUCACUAACCUACAUGCUGAGAUUGUCAAUCAAAUGCUGAGGACCCGCCCACAUGCCACAGCAAUUCCGAAAACUGCCCAGUAAUCCGCUAUAGCAAGAACAGCAACUUCCUGUUUUUCAUGAUCACAAUUACAAUUAAGGUCCCUACUCAGAGUCAUUCUUUACCAAACAAUAUUCUCAGCUCUACUAGUGAAAUAAAUGUAUUUUUGAUAAAACUCAAGUUCAGGUUAUUCUUAGUCUGAAAACAAGCAUGUAGAGUCACAGUCCUACCUCAUUGCUGCUCAUCGUCUGUGUUCCUAGGACAGUCCCGCUAUCCUCGUACCUCAUUCAGAGAUAUAAAUCAGUCUAUAUGGAUAAGAUUCAUUUUAGAUGUCAUAUUUUACUCCCUUAACAACUGUGUUAAUGUUUCUGUGGCAGUAGAAACCGUUUGUUUUUACGUUUCCUUGCAGUAAUUACAUUUUUAUCCCGUUGAUGGUGCUACAGCAGGCAUGGGUUGUCUACUCUGUGUUACUUACCUCAGAUGGUGCUAAUUUUUCUACUUUUCUGGAGGUCGUUCCGCUUUGCAUGGAUACAACCGGUUAAUGUUAAUUUUAUAGCAGCAGGAAUUUUGGGAUAAAAAUAAAGCAUCAGAUAAAACCUUAGGAAUUGCAUUCAGCACGUCGUAAAAAUUUUGUUUUUAAUAUUUCAAAUAAGACAUACCUCUCUAACAAAUUACCUCACUUUCAAUUUAAUAGAAUAUAAAUACCGUGCUCGCAGGAUUUAUCCAUGGCCAUAUAUCCUUGUCUUUAUCAUACAAUAUAAACCUAAUGCUGGAGUAAGAAACCUGAUAUAAUCCCAACCAUCUACCUAAAUCAUACUGGGCAGUUGACUCUCACAGCAAUGCGGUCCUCAGCAGUUAAUGUGAAAGUCAAUCCCACUGUAGAAUUACAGUGCAACUAACAUGAUAGUCUUACAUUUGAUGGUGGUGGUGGUGAUGAUAUUGUGCAGUAUGUUAACUUUCGAGGGUUUUCUUAACUUACCAAAGUGGUUCCCUCCCAAAGAAACUCUUUGUUGUUGUCGUUAAGAACUGUUUGAAAACAAAGUGUCCAAUUUGCGUUUUAGUUCAGCAAAAAAACAUCUUAGAAAUACGGGUGUGUUGAGCGAAUGGCGCUCAGCAGAACGUGAAUUAGUCCGUCCACAAAAAUCCAAUCAGUCGCGUGUUUCUGUGAAAUUUUAUAUUAAUACGGACAGUUAAGUCAUUUAGAGCAUGUACCGUGAGAGCUGAAGGCAGAUUGUGAUUUUUGUUAGCGAACACUUUCCAGUCAAGACGUUUUUGAUGAUUCUGUGUCAUGUGAAGCGAAAAUGCCAUAGGCUUCAUUAACUGACCUCAAGACCAGACAAUGAGUUCAGAAAUUGAUAGUAUUGCAUUUAAAUCUGAAACAUUUUCAUUUCACAUUUUGUGUCUUUAUCAUGUCUUUGUCAUCUCUUCAUUCUUGCUGCUGAAUAAAUAUCUAGAAACCUAUAUAUAUAUAUAUAUACAUAUAUGUGUGUGUAUAUAUAUAAAAUAUAUAUAUGUAUUAAUCAAAUAUUUUCUGGAAAGUCUUUGAUGGAGAAUGUUGGAUGAAAUAACUGUGAACAUGCUCUCUUUCAGGUCUGCGUUUGUGGGUGGUUGUGGGUAUUUUCUUUUGAUAUGGUCACGUACUGGUUAGUAUUGGUUUUACCAUGGAGUCAAUGAGUGCUGCUGUCAGCUGAAUCUUCCUGCUCACAACAGUCCCUGUUCCCCAUAUGUUAGGUCUGCUUUACUUGCACACAGAUCAAGCCUAAACCUGGACUAAAAAGACUCUCAAUGGAGAAUUUUUAUUCAUACUGUGUUUUUAGGCUGAACCCGGCUUAAUUUCAGCUAAACUCAGCCUCACUGCACCUUGUGUCUGACUCCACGGGGACUCAAACAGAGAACAAGGAUAAAAAAGGCAAUGGAAAGCGAAAUCAAAUGUUCCAUGUGAACCAGUCGCACUCCUUACCUGUGCACAGCUGGUUUCGCCGGUUAACAUCAGUCGCGUGUGUGCGUGUGCGUUUAUGCGCGUGUGUGCUGCAGUCUCUUGUUCAAUGUACAGAUCAACAGAAUAAAUUCAGACUUUUAUUCUACAAACAAA